AUGAUGUCGCUGGCGCCUAAGGAUGAAUUCGAGGUUAGAAACCUAUUAUUCACCGACUUUAAAGCAUACUACAGAGGGAAAAAAGUGAACAAUAACGAGACGCUGGAUUUAGCAAACGUUUCAAGUUUAGGUAUUCAAAUGUACGGAGGCGUAUAUCAACCAGUCAAACAAAAAGGUCCUGCAACUCUAGAAAUAGAUUGGAUAAAGGCUGUAUAAGAUUUUUACAAAAACCACCUUAAACAAUACAUUAAGCUAGUAACUGAUGUUUCUUUUAUGGGGCGUUUUCCUGGGUAACAAUCAUAAAUACUUACCGAUUUCAAUAAAGUACAAGAUAGCCGUAUAAACCCAUCUUAAAAACAUUUAUUGGCAAAAUAUUUUUUCUCAUUAUUAUGGCAUACACGAUGAAAAUUGAUGCUGUCUCAUUUAAGG